UUUGGCCAAUAGGGAGGUUGAACAGAUCAGGUGUCACUAUAACAGAAGGACAUAAUCACGGUGGUAAGUUUGCAGAACCCUACAGCCUGUCUCGGCCAACAGGGAGCUCACUUCAUUCAGCUUUUCUGAGGUUUCAAAGUCCACUGCCACCAUGUCUGACACAGAGGAAGUAGAGCAGGUCGAGGAAUACGAUGUUAUAGAAGAGGAGGUAGUACAGGAGGUAGAGGUUGCCCCUGAGGUGGCCCCUGAGCCAGAACAAGAGCCAGAGCCUGAACCAGAACCAGUGGUAGAACCAGAGCCUGAACCAGAACCAGAACCAGUGGUAGAACCAGAGCCAGAACCAGAGCCUGAGUCUGAAGAGGAGAAGCCAAAGUUCAAGCCCAGCGCUCCAAAGAUCCCAGAUGGUGAGAAAGUGGACUUUGAUGACAUCCAGAAGAAACGUCAGAACAAGGAUCUGGUGGAGCUGCAGGCCCUGAUCGAUGCUCACUUUGAGUGCAGGAAGAAGGAGGAGGAGGAGCUGAUUGCACUAAAGGAGAGAAUUGAAAAGCGUCGUGCUGAGAGGGCCGAGCAGCAGAGGAUUCGUGCUGAAAAGGACAAGGAGCGCCAGGCCAGACGUGAGGAGGAGAGGAGGAUAAGGGAGGAGGCUGAUGCCAAGAAGAAGGCUGAUGACGACGCUAAGAAAAAGUCGGCUCUGUCCAGCAUGGGGUCCGGCUACAGCAGUCACCUGCAGAGGGCUGACCAGAAGAGAGGAGGAAAGAAAGAAACUGAGAGAGAGAAGAAAAAGAAGAUCUUGGCUGCUAGACGCAAGCAACUCAACAUUGACCACCUGAACGAGGACAAGCUGAAGGACAAGAUCAAUGAACUUUACGACUGGAUGCGCCAGCUGGAGUCUGAGAAGUUUGACCACAUGGAGAAACUCAAGCUGCAGAAAUACGAUGUUACAAGACUGCGCAAGAGAGUGGAGGAGCUCAGUAAAUUCAGCAAGAAGGGAGCCGCUCGCCGCAGAAAGUAGAUUGGCUGAGCCCACUAGUGCUUGCAAACCAAACUGCCAUCAUCAUGAACACAUAAAGGAUGAAGCAAAGCGCACUGUGGAGAAGGUUACACCUCUGAAGAAACUAGUAAAGCUGAGGUUCACCCUGUUGUUUCUCAGCCAUGUCCCGAAGCCACCAGGAGCCUUAAGCUGCUGUUCACUAGGAAGAAAAACUACUCAACCUAUAUCAUGCUCCUCACCAUCAACUCUGUGGUUCUCAGUAAUUUUGUAAAUAAAGUGUGACUCUUCAAGCCA